GAAUUUUUGACCGGCAGACAAAUCCAGCCUUUCUUCUCGAGGAGGGCCGCAAAACUACGACGUCAGGGGCAGUCGACAUGCGAGACCGACCUGGAGUCUAAUGAUGACGAUAUAGCUGCCAGCAGAAGAAGAACAGGCCUACGAGGACAUUCGUACGCUAGUCCUUAG